CAGAGGAGAGCAGAGACCAGAGGGGAGCAGGGACCGCAGGGGAGCCGCCCGGGGGACUGAAGGUGAGGUCUGACUACAGGUAGGGUAAGGUAGGGCGGUGGCCUGGCCUCAGUGGGGCUUCUAUUCACUUGGCCUCGGCCCUCACCCCUCCCAUCCCGUCCCCCCUAAGCGAGUCCUGGAACCGAGCCAGACCUGCCUGCCUUCUGCCCUGACCUCGGGCCCAGCGUCCCCACCGUCCUCGGCCCCCAGCCUCGGCCAUUCUGCCGCCUGCCAGAUGGGGGUCGGCCCGGGAAAGCCCCUCUGGAAAACCCCGGGGAGCCACUGGAGAGAGGCGGAGAAGUGGGGUCGCCAGGCGGGAAGGAGCGCUGGGCGUCAGUACUUAAGCCGCUUCUGAGGGCCCAGACGGAGGGGCCAUGAGCAUGGAGAAGGGCCUCACCCUCCUGCUGGGCCUGGCCCUGGGGCUCCUGCCGCCAGGCUGCGGUCAGCCCUUGCAGCUGGAGCCCCCGGGGCCAGUGGUUGCCGUGGCCCUGGGUGAGUCCAGGCAGCUCUCCUGUCGCCUGGCCUGUGCCCCCCGGGCCGCCUCGGUGCAGUGGCGGGGCCUGGACACCAGCCUGGGCACGGUGCUGCCAGGCGUGGACAGCAGUGUGAUGGUGGUGCCCAACGCCUCGCUGUCUGCAACUGGGACACGCGUGUGCGUGGGCUCCUGCGGGGACCUCACCUUCCAGCAGACGGUGCAACUCCUGGUGUACGCCUUCCCGGACCAGCUGACGGUUUCCCCCGUGGUCCUGGUGCCUGAGCAGGAGCAGGAGGUGACCUGCACCGCCCACAAUGUCACUCCUACAAGCCAGGACACCCUCUCCUUCUCCCUGCUCCUGGGGGACCUGGAACUGGAAGGGGCCCAGGCUCUGGCCCCCGAAGUUAGGGAAGAGCCCCAGGAGGGCGACGACACGCUGUUCCAUGUGACCCAGCGCUGGCUGCUCCCGCCUCUGGGGACCCACCUCCCUCCUGCCCUUCACUGUCAGGUUACCAUGAGGCUGCCCGGCCUGCUGCUCAGCCACCGCCGGGCCAUCCCAGUCCUGCACCGCCAGGUCUCCUCGGAGCCCCCCAGUGCCACCUCCCAGGAGCCCCCCGACGCCACCUCCCAGGAGCCCCCCGACGCCACCUCCCACCGGGGUUCCACACAUGACCCCAGGAGUCCUGGCUGCAGCAGGACCUGCCACCCUGGGACCCACGCAGCUGGGCCCACAGAACGAGGCGUGGCCCUGGAGAGCACGUCCAGCCCUGAACUGGCAGGGCCACCAGCCCUGUGGGCGGGCAGCCUGGUGCUGGCGCUGCUGCUCCUGGUGGCCGUCACCUAUCGCCUGUGGAAGCGCUGCCGCCUGCCUGGCCGUGGCCCCACCCAUCCGCCUGGGCCCUGCUGACCGCCUGCCUUCCCUCCAGCAGUCGGGGCCAGACUCGGCACAGCUCCAGGGCCACCGUGGGCCCCACCCUGGCGGCUGGCGGCAGUGGGGUGCUGCAGAAUAAAGGGCGUCUGGUCUGA